AUGUGUAACGAGGACAGUCUCUACGGUCUCUGGUAUUAGUGCCAUUUAAAUAAAGUAUAAAACAACGAUUCUAUGAAAAUAAUUUGUGAAUGCGAUAAGUUUGGUGAUAUUUUCCUUUCUACCUCGACGAAUUUUAAUCUUAAAAAUGAAAAUUCCACUAUUUAAUCAUUAUAUGAUCCUCAAAUUGCAUCCUCAUUUGAAAAUUUUUUGACUUUAGAAAUUUAUAUUAGCUCACUAUCAUUUAUAUUUUUGGUUAUCUACACUAUGUAAAUAUAUAAAGAUUAUAAAAACGAGUAAGAGAAGUCUGAUAUUGAAUAAAUUAAGUUGAGCCCUAGAAAUAAUUUUCAUAUCAAUAAAUUGACAUAUUAAGGUAAUUUUAAAGUAUUCAAGGAUAAAUUUAAAUAAAUUCACUAAACAAUUUCACUGUUUAAUUAUAAAGACUAAAAUAUUAAAUUAAGUUAUCAAAUUUUAGAAGUACUCUCCUAAUUCAAUUUAUUGUUAACUUUAGCAAUUGUUGAAUUUGAGAUUUUAGAUAAUUAAAUACUUUACAUUUGUUUAUUUAUUAUUCUAAACCCUGUCAUUAUUUUAUUAAUGAGAUUUAUAUACAAGAUAGUUGAAGCUAUAUAUAGGUUCAAAAGGAUAGCUGCCUUCAUUAGUCAGUUUCUUCUUAUUGCGUUUUUGAUGACCCCUAAUCUUAUUACAUAUGUUCUUAACCUUAUGAAGUAUAUAUUAUACUAAUUUAGAAUAACAAUAUUAUCAGAAGAAUAUAAGGUGGCAAUAAUCUUUGCUGGCAACAUUAUAGUGUCUCAAGUGAUUUUUGAACCAGUUAUAGUUUUCGGAAGAAUUUUCAUUUAUAGAAUAAUAGCGAAAAGUAUGAAAAAUAUGGAACUCAAUCCGCGUUUCAUUUAAUGCACUUUCUUGCAAUGCAUAGUAGUUUAGAAGAAAUAUUCGAAGAUUUCACAAGGAUUUGAUAUAUAAUUAAACUUAAGAUAUCAAAUAUUUGUUCGUUUAAUAUUAUACAUAGGAUUAAUUUUUAAAUUUAAGUUAUAGUGA